AUGCAUCCCCGGCCGUUCUCGAUCCUUCUCGGCCUGCUGGCCCUCGCCAUCUCUGGAGUCUACAGCACCGCAUUGACCUACAAACUCGGAGCCAACGAGAAGACAUGCUUCUUCACGUUCGUCGGCCGGCAGAAUGCCAAAGUCGCCUUUUACUUCGCUGUCCAGUCCGGUGGUUCCUUCGACGUCGAUUACGAGGUAUACGGACCCAAUGACAGAAAAAUCAUGGAGGGCCAGAAGGAGAGACAAGGAGAUUUCGUCUUCACGGCCCAGACUCCGGGAGAGUACCGCUUCUGCUUUGGGAAUGAGAUGUCCACGUUCGCGGAUAAGAUGGUUGACUUUGAGAUUGCGGUCGAAGACGAAGCCACAUCCGCCCUCCUCCCCCAAAAAGCCGGCUCGUCGCCCGAGCAGACCUCCGUGCUGGAAGACGUGAUUUUCAAGAUCAGUGGACAGUUGAGCACAAUUAGCAGGAUGCAGAAAUACUUCCGCACCAGAGAGAACCGUAACUUCAGCACCGUCCGGAGUACGGAGCAGAGGAUCUUCAAUUUCAGUUUGAUCGAAGUGUUGAUGAUGGUUGGAAUGGCCGGCCUGCAGGUCCUGGUGGUCCGCUUCUUUUUCCAGGGUGCUAGAAAAGGUGAGUUAACUGCAAUUCCCAUUAGAUUGUGCUACGAGGAAGAACGCACUUUCUGUUGA